UAAUUACUGUAGUAUCAUAAUAUAACUAUUCUACUUUAAGAAAAACCAAAAAUUAUAUUUUUAUCGGUUUAAUAAGUGGGUAAGAGAAAUAUUUUUUAAGCUCGGGUCAGCUGGGUUGUGUACUAAAAAUUUAAUUUCUGAGAAAAUUUUGCUGUUGACAGCUCGUCGCUGGAAAAAGUUUAGUGUUUUUUCUAUAUAAUAAAACAUUAUUUGCAAUCAAAAUUAUUAAUAAAAGUUAGUGUAGUUAUUGAUCUACAAGAUGCCAAAGGGAACAAAAGAAAAGACCUAUAAGGACAAGCCCGACUCUAAGGAAGGUAUUAGGAAUGCCUUGCAGUGUGUACGAGAUGGUUCUACCAUAGCAUAUGCAUCCAAAACAUUUAAUGUCCCAAGAACAACACUGCACAACAAAUUGACCGGCAAAUACCCAGAGGAGUGCCCCAAUGGCAGGCCAACAAUUCUUUCAAAAGAACAGGAAAAAGAACUUGUCAAAUGGAUCCUGGGAUGUGCGGAUGGCUGGCAUCCCAUCGGGAAGGAACAAGUUCUGGACAGCGUUAAACUCAUUUGUGAGGUCUACAAAAUUCCAAACCAUUUUACAGCUGGAAGACCCGGAGACGUUUGGUUCAGGAAUCUUCUUAAGCGUCAUCCAGAGCUCAGCAUGCGCAAGCCAAAAUCCUUCUCAUUGGAAAGAGCUACUGUCACUGCUGAAGACCUCACGGAAUGGUUUCUUGGAUAUUUCACAGAACACAACCUUCUGAGCAUUUCACCAGACCGUGUUUUUAAUUGCGACGAAAGUGCCUUCUUUUUGACACCGGAAGAUGGAAAUGUCCUGUCCAGGAGAGGUUCACGUGUAGUUCCAUCUCUUAAAAAUUCAGGACCGAAGCAAUGUAUCACAGUACUCUUCAUGGUGUCAGCUACUGGCGAACUUGCUCCUCCAAUGGCUGUUCAUAAAACUGACAUUACUCCAAAAAUUGCCAUUCAAAACGCAGAAGGAUGGAAAAUGGGAACGUCACCACAAAGUGGCUGGAUGGAUGGGCCAAUGGAGAAUGGCAAACUUGUCAUCAGUGAAAUACCAGCCUAUGCACGUGGCCAAGGUUUUGAGUGCAGUCCUUAAGCAUUUGGAUCUUCCUAAAAUUUCGAAUAAUGGCUUUCGAGGAUGUGGUUUGGUGCCAUUCAAUCCUGAUGUUGUGAAUAGCAUGGAAAUCCUGAAGUCAAAGAAAUCAGGGAAUCAGGAAACGAAUCUGUCAAAUGAUCAAUCACUUCCUGAGAACGACGAGAGCAUUGCGAAUGCUUUUACAGCUUCUGACUAUCAAGUAGCUCUGCGGAUUAUUGAUCAUCUCAUCUCACCUGACACUCUCAGCAAGUUCAAUGAAUGUAAAAAGGAUCGCAUUUGGAGUGGAGCAUUCGAAGAUGAGAACUUGUUUGAGGUUUGGUGUAAAAUAAAUGAACGUUGCGAACCUCAAUCUCUUACAUCAGCCUCGACCUCAAUCUCCAUUGACUACAGAAAUACAGGAAUUGAUAACUUCUCCAUCUCCAGAUCAGGAAACUCAAAUCAGUCAAGUGCUAUUUCGGAUUCUGGUCUGUUUGCAAAUGAAGACACCAGUUUGAGAGAAGACAUUUCACUGCAGGACUAUAUUGUCAUUGAACCUGUUGACAAUGGACCCAUCAUCAGCACGGAAGACGCUGGUCUUUAUUUCCCGAAAAUUGUUUUCCAACAUUCAGAGGAGUCCAUUAUCAAUAACCAGCACGAUCAGGCCAUCGACAAUAAUCCUUCAAAUGAUCCAGUCUUCCCUGGAAACCAACUUUCUGCAACUUCUGAGACUCUCGAUCCUCCUGAAACUCAACCGAUUUUCGACACACUAAAACAAUGCUAUUUCUGGCCAGGAGAAAUUCCAAAACGUCGUCAGAAGAAGAGGGUCAAAGCCAGCAAUGUGAAACACCAGUAUAUUGUAUCUUCCGAGGAAAUUAUCGCGGAACAGGAGGAAAAAUUGAGGCAGAAUUUACAAAAAAAGAAAGAAAUUGCUGAACGGAAGUUGACCAGAGAGAGGAACAAAAAAAUAAGGGCAGAAGAAAAGGAGAUAAAACUAAAGGAGAAAAACAUGGUAAAGGAAAAGGCUCAAAUGCCAAUUGAAGCUGAAAAGAAAAAACGUGGAAGGAAGUCAGCCAAGAAAACCGAGGAAAAAUCAAAGAAUUGAGUGCAAUCUUAAAAUAAAUAAAAAUAUAUAUAAUUAAAUAAUAAAUUAUUGAAAUGAAUUGAUGGAAUAAAACUCUAAAAAAAUGUUUUUGAAAUAAUAUCUUCUCAUUUUUAUGCAUUAAACUUUUCCUUAAAAUGAGCAUCCGAGUUUGAUCGAAUUCAACGGAGUUACAUAAAAGCGUCGCAGUAACAUUCUUGCGCAUAUAUUAAUAUUAUCGUAAUUUUAUUAAUUUUCAUCAAUAUUAUUGCUAAAAUUCUAUUUCUAUUAUGAUUCUAAAUUAAACAAAGAAUAAUUCUAUUGAUUUGGAAUGGGAAAAAAAUAUUUCAUCAGUCCAAAAACAAGCAUUAAAGUCGCACUCUAUGAAAAGUAUCCGGAUUACCUCUCUUUACUA